UAUUUCAAACACAUUUGUAUCAAACAAUAUGAGUAGUGUAUCAAAACUUGUAUCCUCAGUUUGUAAAAAAAUAAUCAAACCAUAUUCACCUACUCCAAUUUCACUUCGUUGUCACAAACUCUCUUUUCUUGAUCAAAUAAUUUGUUGCAUUCAUACCCCUGUUGUCCUUUUUUACCCUAAAUUGAGUAACACAUGGUCAAAUAAACCAAGUAAUUAUAUAUCUCAACAUCUUGAGAAAUCCCUUUCAAAAGUUUUGACCAAUUAUUAUCCAUUGGCAGGGGAGUUGAAUGACAAUAUUUCUGUUGAUUGUAAUGAUAAUGGAGUUGAAUUCUUCACUACAAAAAUAGAUUGUCCAAUGUCUCAAAUUCUCAACGACCCUUAUGCUGAUAAACAUAAUAUAGUCUAUCCGAAUGGAGUUCCUAAUGCGUAUUCAUACAAGGGUAGUCUUGCAGUGUUUCAACUUAGUCACUUUAAUUGUGGCGGAAUUGCAAUCAGUAUAUGUUUUUCACAUAAGAUUGCGGAUGGAUAUACAUUAUGCAACUUCACUAACCAUUGGGCUACUAUAGCGCGUAAUCCUAUGAGUUCAGAGAUAUUACCAAUGGCUCCUCAAUUUAAUGGAGCGUCUUAUUUUCCACCUAUAAAAGAGGAUUUGUCACAAACAACAUUCAUUCCCGAACUAGAAACAGAAAAAUAUUCAAUCAAAAGUUUUUCUUUCUCGUCCUCCAAAUUAACCGCGUUGAAAGCUAGGGUUAUUAAUCAAUCAGAAGUACAAAAUUCGACUGAUACAGAAGUUGUGUCAGCAUUCAUUUACCAACGCGCCAUGGCUACAAAAAAAGUGGUGACCUCUACACUCAACCAGGCUUUAAACUUACGUCCUCCGUUGCCAAAAAACACUAUGGGAAACAAUGUUUCUCCAUAUUGUAUACAUACAAAAGAUGAGAAAGAAAUGGAUUUGCCACAAAUAGUUGGUAAACUACAAAAGGCAAAAGAAGAAUUACGAAAAAAAUAUAAAAAUGCUCAACCAAAUGAAUUUGUAUCUAUAGCACAAGAAGCACUUAAUGAAACAAUUUUCAACAGUUCAUCUUCUAAUUUCUAUAUGAGUAGCACCAUCAAAUUCCCCAUUUAUGAUGUUGACUUUGGAUGGGGAAAGCCUGAAAAAGUUUGUACACCACUUAAAAACAUGUUUAUGUUGAUGGAUACUAAAAAUAGGGAUGGAGUGGAAGUAAUAAGUGGCUCGAAGGAACAAGACAUGUUAGCUUUUGAGAGGGAUGAAGAGCUCCUACAAUUUGCUUCUCCAAGUAGCUAA